AUGGACAAUGGAUGUGUGGUUGAUAUAUCUAGAGACCGCCAUGGACGUAAACGAAUCUCAGUAGACUUUGAUCAAAUCAGCAGAAUUCUUCUCCGUCGUCGUACGAACAUUCGAUCGUUGUCUAUGGCUUUGGAGAUGGCAAAAUCAACAGUCCAUAGAAGAAUCACAGAAGGAUCUAUUAAAGCUCAUUCAAAUCGCUUGAAACCUUAUUUAACCGAAGAAAACAAGAAAUCAAGAUUGAUGUUUUGUACAUCUAUAAUUGACCAAGGUACUGUUAACUCAAAACCAACUUUUACUGACAUCUAUGAUUGUGUUCAUAUCGAUGAAAAGUGGUUUUAUAUGUCCAAAACUUCAAAAAAAUAUUAUCUACAUCCAUUAGAGAAUGAACCUUUACGUACUUGUAAAAACAAAAGAUUCAUUGAAAAGGUUAUAUUUUUAGUUGCGGUUGCCCGACCAAGAAUCACGUCAACAAAUCAAGAAUUUUUAGGAAAAAUUGGCAUUUUCCCCUUCAAUUUUAAGGAACCAGCAAAACGAAAUAGCAAAAAUCGUAUUGCUGGAACUUUAGAAACAAAGGCGAUAAAAAAUGUCACAAAAGAUGUAAUACGGAAAUAUUUAAUUGAGAAGAUUUUGCCUUCCAUUAGAGAGAAAUGGCCAGAAAAUAGUUCAAAGAUCAUCUAUAUUCAAAUAGAUAACGCUAAGCCUCAUAUUAGUGUGAAUGAUGAUGAGUUUCUUCGAGCGGGUCGAAAGGACGGAUUUGAUAUCCGAUUAAGUUUUCAACCUUCAAAUAGUCCGGAUUUGAGUAUUUUGGAUCUUGGCUUUUUUCGAGCUAUCCAAAUUCUUCAACAUCAACAGGCUCCUACAACAAUUGAUGAGCUGAUAUUGGCAGUAGAAAAAUCAUAUAAUGACUUGCCGUCAGAAGAUUUAAAUUGUGUGUUCUUAACUUUAAAAUCAUGUAUGGUUGAGAUAAUGAAGGUUUUUGGUGGAUUUGAUUAUAAAAUUCCACACAUGAACAAAAAUAAAUUAAAGAAAGAUGGAAGGCUUCCAAUCCGACUAGAAUGUGAUCCUGAAGUUUUUAACAAAGCUAUGGCAUAUCUGCAAAACUAA